AUGGAGUACGCUCACAAUGACGCUCCCAGAUAUUGCGAAGAUGUUUUAUUGCUCCCACCUCUAAGCUUGGACAACGCCCUGGCUAGUGACAUAGAUUACAGAUGGUUCCAAGAAGAGAUAGCCGCACAUUCUGGCCAGCCUUCAAGCCAUGCCUCAAUUGACGAGCUACAGCCUGAGACGGCGGCUCAUGGAUCAAGUAUACAGUCGCAACUACCGACAGAGCCAUUUGAGUCAUACAGCGAUCUGAACUAUCACUCUCAAGACCCCCUGAGUGGGAGUUUUCUUGACUUUUCAACGUUCGAUUAUUCUGGGCUCGCCGACAGGAUAACUUCUGAUGUAAUAUCUGAACGCCAUUCACACAUAAGCUCCUCAUGGUCCAACAACACAAGGCGGGCUAGGAGAAAGAGCCGCCGAUUUUCCACCACGGCAGUGAGUAUCAUGCAAUCAUGGCUCGCACAACACCAGGAUUAUCCAUAUCCUACCGAGCAAGAAAAGGAACAGCUGGGGCGUGAGACGGGGUUAGACGUAACCCAGAUCUCGAACUGGUUCACCAAUGCACGUCGGCGUAGAACGGUCGGUACUGGGCCUACACCGCAGGCACACCACGCCGAUAAUUCUCUACUAUCACCUCUUGAGCGCUGGCAGAACUCGCCCCCGGAAAGCGAACCCGCUGCGACAUCCGACAUUCUGCGAGCCUUAGAAGAUAUCCCACAUACUUCUGACGGUAGCGUCACAUAUCCAGCUCACAGGAAUGCUGUGUCGAGCAACAGCUCUAGCGCUUCAUUCGUGAUAGGAGCUCCUUCGAUCAGCAGCUACGAACACAGUCAGUCGUCUGGUUCUGACAUCUCGUUCAAGCGGUCGAGUCGGACUUCACAAAGGCCACCCACCCCUAACAUCAACGCAAGACCUCGCCGUCGACGCCGGAAGCCUCCACAUCCGAACGAGACCUGGAACAAACGAAAGUCGAAAGGCCAGCGACCGUAUCAAUGCACGUUCUGUUCCGAUACUUUCAACACUAAGUACGACUGGCAGCGACAUGAGAAAGCCCUUCACUUACCGGUGGAUCGAUGGAUUUGCGCGCCCCAGGGCGGGCUUGUUGAAGUUGAUGGUGCCCAUGUCUGUACAUUCUGUCAGGCCCCAGACGUAGACUUCAAUCAUCUCGAAACCCAUGGUUACCUGGCCUGUCGAGAGAAAUCAUUAGACCAACGAACAUUUACUCGAAAGGAUCAUCUUCGACAGCACCUAAGGCUGACCCACAAUGUCGACUAUCAUCCUUCGAUGGAACAGUGGCGAGAUUCUCUAACGCGCAUUAAGUCUCGUUGUGGAUUCUGCGAAGCAAGAUUUGAGACAUGGCCAGAAAGAGUGGAUCAUGUCGCAGACCACUUCAAGAAGGGUGCCGAUAUGAUUCAGUGGAAGGGAUGCUGGGGCUUCGAGCCUGGUAUUACUAAACUGGUGGAAAAUGCCAUGCCUCCCUAUCUCGUAGGACAAGAGCGCCAAACGAUGGACCCUUGGAAAACAACAGAUGCUCUUGCUACCGGGGGGAACGAAGUCCUGCCUGUCAUUAACGAUGUUCCCAAUGCCCUGAGCCGUUAUGUUGAUCUCAGACGAGACCUUAUCGUUUAUAUGCGUGAGCAGGCGGCUCUGGGUAAUCAUGUUACUGAUCAGAUGGUUCAAGACAAAGCUCGUGAGAUCGCAUACGGAAGCAAUGACCCUUUCGAUCAGACAUAUGCCGAUAAUCCUAAGUGGGUUACAAGCUUGAGACAGGAAGCGGAGCUAAUGUCAGUGCCGGAAUCAAAUUGUCUCUUUCCAUAUUGCGAUGAUCCGCCGCUUCAGUAUCCAGGUGCAAGCAAUGAUGUCUCGCAGCCGCGAUCUUCAGAAUUUGGCCUAAUAGGCUGGGCAGUUGCAAGAAAGGUAUCAUUGAAGCCGAAUUUUAAGGGCCUGUGGAAUUAA